AUGGCGGCCGCGGAGGACGCGACGACGCCCGCGGCGGAGUCGCGCGGCGACGACGACCGCGACGACGACGACGACGGCGACGACGGCGCGCGGUGCGACCCCGCGAAGGCGCUCCCCCCCGAGAUCCUCGCGCAGAUCCUCGCCGCGCUUCCGAGGCGCGCGUCCACCGCGGUCGCGAUCUCGGGCGUGUGCCGCCGCUGGAGAGACGCGGUCCUGGGGGAGACGGAGUACCUCAAGACGGUCGCGUUUAAGAUGGACGCGCGGCGGCCGUUCAAAGGGUUAGACGCGAGGAUCGCGAUCGCGAGCGCGCACCGACGGACGUGGACGUCGCUUCGCGCGCGGCACGACUCGGCGUCGUCGGACCUGUCAGAGUUGACACACGAGCUAGACUCUGGCGACUCUAGCGCGACGCGGCCGACGCGCGCGAAGGCGUCCCCGUCCCCGCGCGCGUCCCCGAGCGCGAAGAUCGUCGUCCCGAAGCUCCUCGCGCGCGCCGCGGAGAUGGGCGGCAACGUCACCGCGCACGAGACGCUCGCGACGCUUCGCGAGCUCCAGGGCGAUCACGCGGGCGCGUACAAGAGUUGGCGGAAAGCCGCGCUGCUGGGCUCGUGCGUGGGGCAGUUCCGGUUGGGGGAGAUUUUCUACCGCGGCGUCGGGAACCAGGGCGUGGACGGCGAGGAGGCGCUGUUUUGGCUCCAGAAGGCGACGAAAGCGCGAGAGGCGGGGGCGGCGUCGCUGCCGUCGGAGAGCCUGGGGGUGGCCGCGGGCAUCAUGGGAUUCCUGCACCUCGACGGCGAGGGAUGUCAGGCGUGCAACACGACCGCGGUGAAGUGGUUUAAAGUCGCCGCGGACGCGGGGAAUAAGGAGGCGUCCACGACGUUGGGAUGGAUGUACAACACGGGGCAGUACUGA